AUGUGGGCGCCGUACGGGAACGGCGAGGGUGCGUUCUCGAGGUCGAACUCAUUCCGGGAAUUAGAUGGCGAUGAGGAGGAGGAGCUGCGGUGGGCGGCACUGGAGCGGCUUCCGACGUACAACCGCGUGCGGAGGGGGUUGCUUCGCAGUUCUGCGGGUGGCUUCUCCGAGAUUGACAUAUCAAGCCUUGCGUGUUCUGAUCGGACGGCUGUCAUUGAUCGGCUGCUGGCGAAAAAUGGCGAUGCUGAGGACCUCUUUGAGCGGAUUCGGCGGAGAAUUGAUGCGUAAGUACUCUUUCUCUGAGAAGGUGGCGAUGCUUUCCCACAUCAUUGUUCUCUGCUUCACCGUAAUUGUAAUCUGUUGCUGCGCCUGCAGUCAGCGAGUUCAUUUCACGUUCUUUAAUUUUUUUGUGUGAACGAAAAGGACUCAUUUACGAGAGCUGCUGUCCGUCUGGCUUGUUCAAAUGGCUGCGAUUCUCAAUGCUCUAAAUUUCUCUGUUCCAGAUUCCUCUAAGCAAUCCGUUUCAUCCUAUCCAUUUUUCCAACUGAAUUUCAUUUGAAUUUUCAGAAGUUCAAUUUUUUUUCAUGCAAACAAGUUUCCCCUUCCCCUGGAUCUUCCGUUCUCUGUCUUUGCGGGCUACUUUGCUCAUUUUGGGUAUUCUUUGCUUCCUAUUUGGUUUUGAAAUCUUCUUCCAAUUUUAUAAUUAAAUAACUUUUACUAUGACUUAUCAGAAUAUAUUUUUUAAAAGCAUUGUUGUAUUUUCUUUUCUCCACUUAUUCUCUUACAUUUUUUUGCCGCUUUACCAUCAGUUUCCAGUUUCUUCUUCGUUUUUGAAUCUUUCUUAUAGAAAAGUAUGAUUUCUUUCUGUUUUAUUCAAUUUAAAAUACAAAAUCCUGGUUUUCAUAAUUCUAUAUAUCUCUUUUUUUUCCAUCAAGAAGGAGAGACUGUUGCAGUCGCUUGAUUUUGUAAGGAGUCUUAUACGACGUGUUUUUACCGUUUAAUGUUUUGUUCAUAUUUUAUUUGUAUUAGUUCUGCUUUCCUCUCACUAUAUGUUAUCUUCUGAUUAAUCUAAUUCUUACCCGAAUUUUCCAUUAUUUUAGCUCAAUACUUUAUAGUAUUGUUCAGAAUAUUUUAUCUGAGGAAAUGGAGAUUGUUAUUUUAUUCAGAGCAGGCAGAUGUUCCUGAUAUUAUUUCUAGAACGUUGCUAUAUCUUCUUCUUUUCUUUUUUUUUCUAUGAAGGUUUUCCGUUUCAUAUUUCUUUAUCUUCGAAUAGGGUGGGGGGAGGGGGGGUUUGGUUGAAAUGAGUCUGGAGAAUAUUCUUGAUCAGAGGAAAUAUGGUUUGUGGUAUUAACCUAUCAUUUUGAGUGCCUAUAAAUUCCAUUAUAGACUCGGGUAAUGAGAUUAUUCUUCUUCUUUGCAUGGCAGCGUUGGUCUUGACCUUCCUUUGAUUGAGGUUCGAUUCCAGCAGCUGAAAGUAGAUGCAUAUAUUCACGUUGGAAGCCGUGCUUUGCCUACAAUUCCCAACUUUCUUAUUAACAUGGCAGAGGUAAGCUGGUUACUUUUGCUGCAUAAGCGUUCAUGUAGAGAACUUUGCCUUCAACUCAUACUAGACAUUCGUAGAAAAAUAGACUCACAGUAAGCCUUUCUGUCGCUAUAUUUGGUCUGAUUGAAUUAAAUAUGGAUAGAAUUGUCCAGGGCUAGUCUGGUUGAUAGAUCCUUGUUAUCUGAUCUCAUGGAACGUUGAUAUUUUGGGAGUGAUAGAGUUUAUGAUCUAAUACUAUAACCCAGUUUGUCAGGUCUUAUUUCCAGUCAAUAGUCCCAAAGUUUUUUGUUCUAAGGUUUUCUAAUUCGUCUCUCUUUAUUGUCAAGGCUCUUUUAAGGCAGCUGAAAAUUUUCUCAGGAGGAAGGAAGAAAUUGCCUAUACUGGAUAAUAUUAGUGGGAUAAUUCGCCCUGCAAGGUUAAAUAUUUCUGUACAAAAUACCCUCUCCUACCGCCAACUGAUUAUUCUAUUGUCCUAUGGGUCUCUGAUCGACUGGUCAUUUGACAGAAUGACCCUGCUUUUGGGACCUCCAAGUUCCGGGAAGACAACUUUGUUAUUGGCACUUGCUGGACGGCUUGGAUCUGAUUUACAGGUAUUGAUAUUUUUCAAUGCUCUGACAGAUUUAUGUUUCUAGAUGAUUCUAAUUUUAACAGUCAUCAUUUUGUGUUAAAUGAUAUGCCUGUCUACCCAGCAUUAUGCAUCGAAAUGUAAAAUUCUCUUGUUAAAAUAUUAGAAGGUUGGCGUUAAAUCUUAACAGAGGUGAACUCAAAGAACAAGUCUAUCCUUACAUGAGGAACACGACAAAUCUAGUUUUCAGGAAUCCAAAUAUUUUAUCAAACGAAGCGCUCCAAUUUUUCUCUUCAACCAUUUUAUGUGGAUACAACUAAUUAUCUGUCAAAAAUAGUCUAAACUUUAAUUUCAAAUAAUCUAAAUUUUCUGUUCAUCUCAAAGGUUAAUGAAACACUUUUACUUUUGAAUCUCCAUACCAGUUAUCUCUCUGAAAAAUAUGUUACGAAACCUCCAACAUAUGUAGUGGACUUAUUGCAAUUCAUUGCCCUGACUUUUACCCGAUCAGGUUCUGCAUCUGUCAACGUUUUACAUUAACUUCAAAGAUAGGAUGUUGCUUUCCUCAGCAAAAUCCCAUCAGACACAGCUUAAAAUACUAUGCCUCUCCCGUAACACUUCUCCUGUAACACUCUCAUUACCUGUUCCGUAACAAAACCGAAUAGGGUGUCAUUGGAUUGCCUCAUCCGGACACUUGAACACCAAAGAAAGCAGAGUGUGCCCAUAUUUGAUGAUCCUCAGCUUGUAUCCCUGCUUCAUUUCUCCUUCCAGGAGAGUUUUUCUCUGAGGAUUUCAGUAGAAAUAACUCGUUUUGAGCCAAAUGUUUGAAAGAUUUGACAAUACCAUACCAUAAUCAAAAGGUAAGUAAGAAAGGAGAAGUCGUCUAGCUUAGUUUAAUCCGUAUAACUUGAAUCUUCCUGUGCUGAUAUAUUUAUUAUAUCUGAUAACUUCAUUUAUCAACUGAUAAAAAUUGAGACUUUGUCUGGUUUUUUGAAAUCCAAAUGUUUUGGAACGUGUAACCCUCAUCAAAAUAUGUCCAUCUUUCACUGUCCACUUAUCAAACUGCAUUGAAUUGCAGAUGUCGGGGAGCAUCGCUUACAAUGGGCAUAAAUUGAGUGAGUUUAUUCCCCAAACGACAGCCGCUUAUGUUAGUCAGCAGGACUCGCAUACAGGAGAGUUGACAGUCAGGGAAACUCUUGAAUUUGCAGCACGCUGCCAAGGAGUUGGAUUUAAAUAUGGUAAUGCCUGAAUUAAUAAUUUGCAUGUUGUUUUACUCAUGUCUUAGUGAAACAAUCUACCUCCUGUAGAUAUGCUGUUGGAACUUGCUAGGAGAGAGAAAAACGCUGGAAUAAAGCCUGACGAAGAUAUUGAUUUAUUUAUGAAGGUAUUAAUUCUUCCAUUCAAGGUGCUUUGCUUUCUGAUAAUUCUGCCAGAUAUUCAGAUUAUUCUAAUUCCUUUUUGUUCGCAGGGAUUAGCCUUGGGUGGCCCAGAAACAAGCCUCGUUGUUGAGUUUAUUAUCAAGGUAGUAAUUUUACCUCUCUAUGGUAUCCAUUUCUCUGAAAUAUUUGUCGUUUCAUUUUAAGAGGCUUCGUUUUUUUUUUUUAACAACUGGCGUGCUUUAAUUAACUUCAGCCAUUUUCUCUGGUUUCUAUCUUUCAUUCAUAUGUACCAGUUUCAAACUGAAAGCAGUGGAAUUGGAACAGUUGUGGCCAUUUCUGAUCUAGUUUAUGGGAUGCAGUCCAAACUGACCAGUUCUCAAGGCCGUGCAUAGAGAUGCUUGAAAAUGACUACGUUAAACUAUGGUUUCUCUGUAUGCUUUACUUUAAAUAAAAGGCAUCAUGAUACAAAUUAUAUUUUCCUUUGGAGGUUGCUUUAAAAAAAAAGGAAAAAAUAAACGACUGAUGUGGGAUCAAUAGGAGCAGAUAGUUCUGUGAUUAGGACCAGCUCUGCGAGGCCGUAGAUUAGGUUUCUAACUUAAUAAGAGCGCUUAUCCGUUUAUUUUAUCGAAAAAACUACUUAUUGUGCAUUUUUUACAUUGGUGGUCAUGCUUUCCGUAGUUUUCUAAACUUCUACACCUUUUCAUGCCAAAGAUUUUAGGGUUGGACAUCUGUGCCGACACACCAGUGGGGGAUGAUAUGAUCAAAGGGAUCUCAGGGGGACAGAAGAAACGCCUCAGUACAGGUUAAUAAGAGGGUUGAUUUAUUUAUUCACAUUUUUAAAAUUUGUUCUUUCUUCCUUAGACAGUGUCUGUUGGAGUUUUAAACGAUCAAUCCGUGCGGUUUCAGGUGAACUAUUAGUUGGGCCUGCCAGAGUAUUAUUCAUGGAUGAGAUAUCGACAGGUCUCGACAGUACAACAGCAUACGAGAUCAUCAAGUAUCUUAGGCAUUCAACUCACUCCCUUGGCGGGACGACAGUCAUAUCCCUGUUGCAACCAGCUCCUGAAACUUAUGAACUAUUUGAUGACAUAAUCCUUAUCUGUGAAGGGCAGAUAAUAUACCAGGGCCCUCGUGAAGCUGCCCAGGAUUUCUUUGUAGCAAUGGGCUUCAGAUGCCCUGAGCGCAAGAAUAUAGCAGAUUUCCUUCAAGAAGUAAGUACAAUGAGUCAAAUUUUAUGAUUCGGUGAUUACUUCCGAAGCAUUAAAGCAUCUGCGUUGGCAUGUUGGUGUCAGACAAACAUGUAAACAUGUUGACCCUAGGUUCUAGGAUUUAUGUGCUAUGGUAACACCAUUGAAUUUCCUAAUACUAUUAAGACCUGGAAGUGCUUUGCUAUUUUUUUUUCCCCAUAAAUCAACAAUCUUCCUAAAAGCUUAUGCAUUAUUUUUUUGAUUUUACUGGGUGAUAAGUAUGAGAAUAUAUAUUUAAAUCCCUUCUAUUCCUUCGUCUUAUAUUUACAGGUGUUCAUUGCAUCCUGUGUAUUUGUGUUCACACUUGAUACCGCAUCUAUGUACUGAAGAUCAUAGCUCCUCACUACUUUAUGCUUUCAUUUUCUACUUAUUUUUUUAGGUCACAUCGAAGAAAGACCAGCAACAAUACUGGUAUUCUUCUGAUUGCCCAUAUCAGUAUGUAUCUGUGACAAAAUUUGCUGAGGCUUUCCGGCAUUACUGGGUUGGCAAGAAUUUGUCCCACGAUUUAGGUGUUCCGUUCAACAGAGAGAGCAACCUCCCUUCAGCCUUGUCAACUUCUACAUAUGGAAAAAAGAGAUUUGAACUUCUCAAAGUCAACUUCUCCUGGCAGUUGCUAUUAAUGAAGAGAAAUUCAUUCAUUUAUAUCUUUAAAUUCAUUCAAGUAAGUUUCUCAGUUUAUUGUUGUACCUCCCUUUGUGCUUUUGAUGUUUCAAUUAUAUUUAUUGAUAAAUUUAAAUAGUUCUCAAAGGACAUUCUAAAGAAUAAUGGAUUAAACGUUCAAUAUAUUUUCAAACUAGUAUUGAAAAGGGGUCAGUAUGAAAAUAUUCUUAGUUGAAUUCUGCAUUCGAAUUUUUUCUGAACGAUUAUUUUUAUUGAUGAUAUUUAGGUGUUAAUUAAUUAUCGUUUCAUGUUUGAUGAGUAUCUCUGUUGUAUUUGUUACUGACAUUACCGAAUAUCUAGCUUUAGUAUUAUUUAACAUCUAACGUAAUGCUAACAUAGAUGAAAAAAAGGGAUAUCUUGGAGUAGGAAAGUUAGUGCUAGAAUGUAUUCAUGGUGUCUGAAUCUGUCAUAUGUUGGCUAUGAUUUUCUGAAAUUACGGCCUUCGAUAUUAGAAAAAACUCUGGAAACUAAUGAGGUGCUAUCUUGCAGCUCCUACUUUCUGCUCUCAUAACAAUGACAGUUUUUUUCCGGACAACAAUGGAGCAUGACACGAUAGAUGAUGGAAUUGUUUAUCUUGGCGCGCUGUAUUUCGCCAUGAUAAUGAUUAUGUUCAACGGAUUCACAGAGGUUGCAUUACUGAUACAAAAGCUUCCAGUGAUCUACAAGCACAGGGACUUGCACUUCUAUCCAUCCUGGAUAUAUGCCCUUCCGUCAUGGUUGCUGACUAUUCCUACAUCUUUUCUAGAGUCUGCCCUUUGGGUUGUAGUCACAUAUUAUGUGGUUGGUUAUGAUCCCCAUAUUACGAGGUAAUUCCUUGUUUUAUGCCUCGAUGACGCCUGCAUGAAUUUUUCUGGGCAGUUCAAGUUCAGAACCUUAUUCCUACGUGCUGCACAUAUUUUUUUCUACAGGUUCCUCGGUCAGUUCGCGAUAAUUUUCUUUUUACACCAGAUGUCUUUAUCUCUCUUCCGUAUUAUGGCAUCUUUAGGUCGAAAUAUGAUUGUAGCAAAUACGUUUGGAUCUUUUGCAUUGCUGAUCGUCAUGAUUCUUGGAGGAUUUAUUCUUUCCAGAGGUAAAACUGAGAUUCUUUUUUAUUAGUUGAUAUACAACAUGCACGGGAUGCAUCCUACUGAUACCAUUUUUAAUGUUCACAGAGAGCAUCCCCGAUUGGUGGAUUUGGGGUUACUGGAUUUCUCCUCUUAUGUAUGCUCAGAAUGCAGCCUCAGUCAAUGAAUUUUUCGGGCAUUCAUGGGACAAGGUAAUGAUAUUUUGCCAGUUACAUCAGUCAUUCUAAUAUGGUUGAGCAUAAUUACUUCCCCUACAGUUAGGGAAGUAAAGGGCCGAUGUGUCCGCCUGAAUUUCUUCUGUUGUCAUCAUAUUUUCAAAGAGAAUCGUAUAACGACAAUUGAUUUAUUCUCCUUACAUAAGUUUUGGAGCCAUAUGUAGUAGCUAUAUGUAGCUAGCAUGUCUGGUCAUUUUUAUGGAGGUCUUUUUGAUUGGAUAGAAAGAUAAGCAACAAACAAGACUCGAUAGCUGAGCCAAACUUUGGUUUUGAUUUUUCCUUCUAUAUGAUAUGGAUGGCAGGGCACAUGAUACACUGACAGAGAUAUAAGAAACCUGAUAACUUUAAUGGCAGUGAAGUGUGCACUAACAUAUACGACUUUGUCAUUAUCAAACACUGGCAUGUAAUUCUCAAGUCAGUAUUUUUAUGAAGGCUAAUUGAAAAAUCCCAUCUCAUUAUGUUUCUAUUAUUUUUUUAAAUUUAUAUUAAUAUAGAGAAUACUUUUAUGCAGCUUCUUUAAGAAAAUGAAAUAGCUGGUUUGAAGACUAGUUUUCACAUUUAGAAUGUGGAAUCUAUUCAUUCUUGUCCUUCGUCCGGUGAAUUAAAACUUAGUUUCUUUCUUUCCUCGUUGUUUGAAAUACACAGUCAGCAUGCAUGUACAUGUUUAUGAUCGCAUGUGUAGCUCAAGCGAAGUUCAAACUAAUGGUUUGUGUUGUUGCAGAUGAUUCCGGGUUAUAAUAUAAGAUUAGGUGAUGCUGUUCUGAAAGUCUUUGGUUUGUUUCCAGACAGAUACUGGUUUUGGAUUGGUUUAGGUGCCUUGUUUGGGUACAUUGUGCUAUUCAACAUUCUCUUCACUAUCUUCUUGACAUGUCUCAACCGUAAGUUCUGUUUUGUAAAACUGUCAUAUCAUAUUCAACUUAAAAGAAAUACUUGGAAAGGAUUCUUAUAUUUCCUUAUUUUAUAUAUUUCUUGCAGCCUUGGGAAAACAACAGGCAGUCGUGUCCAAAUCAGAGCUCAGAGAUAGGAAAGAUAAGAGAAGAAAUGGGCAAGCUCUUGUUGAGCUUGGAUCCUGCAUCCGUUCAGGUAAACUAACAAAAAAGUAGCAAUGUUACUCUCAUUCGAAGAUAUCACUUGAGUACUUCAUGAAUAUGAAGUCCCCUCUCUCAACAUGUUGUCCUCAAAUUUUUAAAGUUUCAUGAAAUUUCGUUGCAUUCAACUUGUGUCUUUGCCCAGUGAUAUCAAAGUAGGAGCUUACUGGUUCAACAAUUUGGCCUCGAGUUGUCCAUUAAUUUCUGAACGUUUCUCUGCUACAAUUGACAGAGGGAGAGAAUGAAAAACAGCGAGGGAUGGUUCUUCCUUUUCAACCUCUAACCAUGUGCUUCAGCAAUAUGAAUUACUAUGUCGAUGUACCAGUGGUAUGCAUGUCACUCCAUUGAUUCUAUGCUGUUCAUUCAGAGUUUUCUUUUCCCACAUAUAUAUAUAUAUAUAUACUUUUUUUUAAAUUUCUAACAGGAGCUCAAGAAGCAAGGCAUUCUAGAAGAUCGACUACAGCUGUUGGUUAAUGUGACUGGUGCAUUUAGGCCGGGAAUUCUUACUGCUCUUGUUGGGGUCAGUGGUGCUGGUAAAACUACUCUCAUGGAUGUUUUAUCUGGUAGAAAGACAGGUGGGAUCAUAGAAGGAAAUAUUACCAUCUCUGGUUAUCCUAAAAACCAAGCAACAUUUGCUAGGAUCUCUGGUUAUUGUGAACAAAACGAUGUUCAUUCUCCAUGUGUGACCAUUCUUGAGUCACUUCUGUACUCAGCGUGGCUGCGGUUGCCAUCACAUGUUGAUGCGGUUACUCAAAGGGUAAGAACAAUAAAAUAAAAUAUAAUCAUCAUUUUAGCGUAAUUUUCGUUUUUAUAUAUUUUUUAAAUAAUCAUUUCGUGGACGUAUCCGCAGGCUUUUGUCGAGGAGGUGAUGGAACUUGUGGAACUCACUACACUAAGUGGUGCCCUAGUUGGUCUACCAGGGGUUAAUGGGUUGUCCACCGAGCAACGCAAAAGAUUGACGAUUGCUGUGGAGCUUGUUGCCAAUCCCUCUAUUGUCUUCAUGGAUGAGCCGACAUCAGGAUUGGAUGCCAGGGCUGCUGCCAUUGUGAUGAGAACUGUGAGGAAUAUUGUGAACACUGGUCGAACAAUAGUGUGCACCAUCCAUCAGCCAAGCAUUGACAUUUUUGAGUCUUUUGAUGAGGUCUCUCUCUCUCUCUCUCUCUCUCUCUCUCUCUCUCUCAAUGUUUAUAUAUAUAUAUACUUGUAGCAUUUUUUCCACUGUAUUACUAUCUUAUCCAAAAUUGUGUCCUGUGCUUUAUGGCAUCAUCUGGGUUUUUGCCAGAACCUAGUGGUCAUUGCAGAGGAGUUCCUCUGAUAGUUAGAAUUUCUUUUCAUUUUGCACGAUCUAACUCAUGCUUCUUUGUUUGCAUUUUUUGAUGCAUUUUUUUGUUUGCCAUUCAUGUAAACGACAUGGCAGGGAUUAUUGACCGAAAUAAUGACAACCUCUGUGCAUGCAUUUUUGUUCAAUGUUGUCCUAAGUAGUUGUGAAUUCCCGUCUUACAGCUUCUGUUUAUGAAACGUGGAGGAGAGCUUAUUUAUGCCGGGCCUCUGGGUCACAACUCCUGCGAGCUUAUAGAGUUUUUUGAGGUCAGUGGGUCCUCGAUCUCUGACCAAUCCAAGCUAUCUUUGAACUUGAUUCUAUUUAUUGCUUCUCUUGAGAUCAUUAGCUUCACCACAUACUGUAAUGUCUGAUUCAAUGUGCCAUGUUUUGGUCUGCUAGGCUAUUGAGGGAGUGCCUAAAAUCAAAUACGGAUGCAACCCAGCUGCAUGGAUGCUCGAAGUAACCACUCCUGUGAUGGAGAAUCAAUUACGCGUGGACUUUGCGGAACAUUACAGAAGAUCAAAUCUAUUCAGGUAAGCAUAUUCGUUGACUGCAUCUUCUGUGAUUUUUGUUACCCGUCUAUUCCCUGAGCAAAAUCCAUGUGGGUUCAGGCGAAACAAGGAGCUAGUUGAGAGUCUGAGCAAGCCGGCGAUUAAUGCAAAGGAGUUGACUUUUCCCACCAAGUAUUCUCUCUCCUUUUUUUCUCAGUUCCACGCUUGCCUCUGGAAGCAGAACCUAUCAUAUUGGCGGAACCCUCAGUAUACCGCCGUUCGCUUCUUCUACACCGUUGUCAUUUCCUUGAUGUUCGGAACAAUAUGUUGGAGAUUCGGUGCUAGAAGGUAAAGUCAAUCUUCCAUAUUCUCUCUCUCUCUCGACCCUUGGUCUCACAUGAUUCUAUCUAUGGCCGCGAUGCUCCACAGGAACACCCAGCAGGACGUCUUCAACGCCAUGGGAUCCAUGUACGCGGCCGUCCUGUUCCUCGGCAUCACCAACGCCACUGCCGUCCAGCCCGUGAUCUCCGUGGAGAGGUUCGUUUCGUAUCGAGAGAGAGCGGCGGGGAUGUACUCAGCCCUCCCUCUGGCAUUCUCCCAGGUCCGAUCUGCCGCCAUCUCACAACCCCCCCGGUCGCGCGACUCUCUGCUUGACCGCGGCUUUCUUCUGUGCUCCUCAGGUUGCGAUCGAGUUCCCGUACGUGUUCGUGCAGACGCUGAUCUACGGCACCAUCUUCUACUCUCUGGCGGCGUUCGAAUGGUCCCCGGGCAAGUUCUUCCUUUACCUAUUCUUCCUGUACGGCACCAUCAUGUACUUCACCUUCUUCGGGAUGAUGACGACCGCCAUCACCCCGAACCACAACGUGGCGCCGAUCAUCGCCUCCCCGAUCUACACCAUGUGGAAUCUCUUCAGCGGGUUCAUGAUCACCCGCUCGGUAAGAUCUCUGCUGCCCGCGUCCCCCCGCGAUGCGCGAAGAGCACGGACGGACGGACCCAUGAAACUUUUGCUGUUUGUCGUUCUGCCGGUUGCAGAGGCUGCCGAGCUGGUGGAGAUGGUACUUCUGGGCGAACCCGGUCUCUUGGAGUCUCUACGGGCUGUUGACUUCGCAGCUCGGGGACAGCGACCGGCUCAUCACGCUCGCCGACGGCUUCCGCGUGGUCCCCAUCAAGGUCUUCCUCAAGGACCACUUCGGCUUCCACCACGACUUUCUCGGCGUCGUCGCCUUCAUGGUUGUCUUCUUCGGCGCCCUCUUCGCCGUCAUUUACGCCCUCGCCAUCAGAUACCUCAAGUUCCAGAAGAGGUAA